GUGACCAAAUGGGAGGUGACGUGCACUAUUUCGCCAUCUUCUGCUGGUUCCGUGCGUAAGCGCUGCUGGGUAGUAUACCAAUGCUGCCGUCCUCCAGCUGUUAAGUGCUGCAGAAGCCUGAAGAAAAAGGGAAGGCUUACAGUGGGAGCAACAUGAUUUCUCAGGAUGACUUCUCUCAUGAUUGGAUAGCCGACCGCAGCAAAGGCAGAAGCAAAGGACAGUCUCCAACAAGACAAGAGACAAACAAUUUUGGAGAAUACAACUACCAUCUGCCUCUCGAAGAUAACAGUGACACUGAACAGACCUCGGACCUGGACACAGCACAUCUUUUCCCGCUGUUAGAAACCAAGCUUUACAAGCGGCGAUGGCUCAUGCUGUUUGUCUUCAGCGCCUACUCCAUGAGCAAUGCCUUCAUGUGGCUGCAGUACAGCAUCAUCAGCAACAUCUUCAUGCGCUUCUACAGCAUCAACAGCCUGGCCAUUGACUGGCUCUCCAUGAUCUAUUUCCUCACCUACAUCCCCCUCAUCCUGCCUGUCAUGUGGCUGCUCGACAACCGGGGCAUGAGGGACGUGGUGGUGGUGGGCUCAGCCUUCAACUGCAUCGGGGCCUGGAUCAAGACGAGCACUGCCGACCCCAAAAUGUUUGCCAUGACCUUCUUCGGCCAGUUUGUGUGCUCAGUGGCCACGGUAUAUAUCCUGGGCAUCCCAUCCAGACUUGCGUCCCUGUGGUUUGGGCAGCAGGAGGUGUCCACUGCCUGUUCCAUUGGUGUUCUCGGAAACCAGAUGGGCAUUGCCAUUGGCUUCCUGAUCCCACCCAUCCUUGUGCCUAAUGUGGACGAUAUAAAUGAGCUGGCGAAUCACAUCAGAAUCAUGUUCUACAUCAGCGCAGGAGUGGCCACCCUCAUCUUUAUCCUCGUGAUCAUCGUGUUUCAGGAGAAGCCAGAGAUCCCUCCCACCCAGGCCCAGGCUCAGGCCAGGAACAUCUCCCCUGACGAGUACUCGUACACGGCUUCUAUCUUGAGGCUGCUGUGCAACAAGCCCUUCAUGCUCCUGGUGGUCAGCUAUGGGCUGAACGUUGGCUGCUUCUAUGCUGUUUCCACUCUGUUGAAUCGGAUGAUCAUUGUACACUAUCCUGGUGAAGAGGUGAAUGCUGGGAGAAUUGGUCUGACUAUAGUCAUUGCUGGCAUGGUGGGGUCCCUCAUAUGUGGCAUUUGGCUGGACAAGACCAAAACCUACAAACAAACCACCCUUGCCGUAUAUCUCCUCUCUCUGAUUGGGAUGCUGGUCUACUCCUUCACCCUCAACCUGGGUCACCUGUGGGUGGUGUUUCUCACCGCUGGAGUUUUAGGCUUCUUCAUGACUGGAUAUCUACCUCUGGGCUUUGAGUUUGCAGUAGAGCUCACCUAUCCAGAAUCAGAGGGAACAUCAUCUGGGCUGCUUAACUGUUCAGCUCAGAUCUUUGGAAUCAUUUUCACCAUCUCCCAAGGGAAGAUCAUUGAUAAAUGGGGCACUUUAGCGGGAAACAUCUUCCUGUGUAUCUUCCUGCUAAUAGGAACGGUAAUGACAGGAUUCAUCAAGUCUGACCUCCGACGACAGAAGGCCAACCUACAGGCUGAGGUGCAGACAGUGAGUCCUACAGGCUCCGUGUCAUCGACGCAGGACUAUGGGGCCACAGCGUGCGUCGCCACCUGGCAACGGCAGUCUUGACAUAAACCCACAAGCUCAAUAAAACCAAAACGCACACCUGCUAAGAAAGUGACAGCUGAUCUGGAAGGAGCCGUCCCUCCACCUAAAAUCCUGAAAGAGAGGAAGUUAUAAGGAGGACAGAAAGAAAAUAAAAAUACUCGCACACCAACAUUCAUAAACAUGCACACGUGGCCACAAUGGAAAAAGCUGCUGUGAAGAGUGAUUACAUGGAGACUGAAUCACACUGAGCAGCCCUCUGUGAGCCUUUAUUAUUGCAGUAAGAACCAGCAGACCGGCUGUAUAUUUGAUGUACUGUAUGGACACCACACUCUGGCCUGAACACCAGAGAUUCACACUGAUAUUCCCAAGUGCAACUUAGCUCAUCCCAAAGCAAGCACAAGUCAAUCAUGCACAAGGGAAA